AUGGCUGAGUGUAGCACACCAUCGACAUUGCCGGGCUUGGAUAAGGGUAGUGUCCAUCGCUAUUCACCUCUUGUUGAAAUAAAGGACCAAAGUGCGCCACAGAAAUGGUUUGAAGGUUAUCUUGCCGACAUCGAUGUUGCCAAGAAGAUGAUAACUGUCGCUUUUCAAGAUAACAUUUGGGCACCGAAGACUGUACCCAUGUCGGAGGCACGGUUAGUGUCUUCUUUGACGAACAAGGCACGCACCUCUGCAAAUGACUACAAGCCUAAAGUCGGGGAUGCUGUUGAGGUUCGAUCCCCGGCUACACCACAUGCUCCGGCCAGUUGGUGGACUGGCGAGAUCGUCAGCAUUCGAGCUGAGGAAUUCUUCUAUGUCAAACACGCCGAUUUGCACGAGCCUAUCAUCGUCGAACGAGGGAACCUUCGUCGCCCAGUGGGGCCUCUUGAGGAUGGAAGCUCGAGUAAGGGAGCGUUUAGCGUGGACAGAGAGAAGGGGAUGAUGCCAGCAGGUCCAACGAACCUAGCAGACUUGAACUCGGAGAGUGUCAAGUUUCCGAAGGUCCUCGGCGAUUGGGUAAUGAGUGAUGAUGGUCGAGGUUGUCUCAACCAAGUUGCAAUCAAAUCUGGCCUCCUCAAGGCAACGCCUCGGGUCGAUCCCAAGAGUGGCCCUUCGGUGACUCUAGUUGGCAGGCAGCGUGAUAUCCAUCGAGCCAAGUUGCUGCUUGAUGUCCACGUUAAACACCAAAAGGAAAUCCAAGGUUUCCAUGACAAACGACAAGCAAUGCUCGAGGCCAUGUCCUCUCGUCGUGAGAAAUUGGAGAAUCAAGAGUCGACGUCCUUCAACAUCGACGCUGAGUUGGUGGGCAUUAUGAUUGGCAAGAAUGGGGCUCACAUCAGUCGGGUUAUCAAGGACUAUGGGGUGGAGGUGAAUGUUGCGGACAAGGGCACAGCCAAAGACCCUCAGACUAGGAAAGUGGUCAUAUAUGGUCCCACAGUUGGAGCUGUCAAUAAGGCUAGAGCUGAGCUCGAAUACCUUAUCGAGAGGUAUCCGAUACCGCAGAAUUGCAUUGGUUGGGUUAUUGGCCGCCGUUUUGCGACUCUGCAUGAAAUUGCUGAUUCUGCCAACCUGAACUAUGCCAAGCUCGAGGAUACGUCUCAUUCGCCUUGUCUGGUCCUUUGUGGGAGAAGACAGGACCUUGACGAUGCCAAGUUGCUCCUGGAUAGCCAUCUACAGUAUCAUGAUGUCUUUGAGGAUAUGGCUAAGGAGUCUCGACAGCUCGGUGAUGAGUUCUAUCGUCUAAGUGAUAGACCGAUCUCUCGACGAGGAGGGAAGGGCAAAGGCAAGUAG